CUUUCCUCAGGUUCGACACAAUAUGCGGUCAUGAUACGUUGCAGCUACGUUCAGUCUUUAAACUAACCAGGACAGUUGGCGUUUGGGAAUGUACGUUCAAUGAAAACCAGAUGUUAGAGAGCAGAGGAGAGCAGAGGAGAGGAGAGGACUGCUGCAGCCUGCAGCCUGCUCACACACUUUGUAGUCUAACGCUGCUAGUUUCAAACGGUCCGUGAGAGUUAUGGAGGAAGGUUACGGUCAAACUCAGUCAGGCUGCCGUGUGAAAGAGGUCUGAGGAGGAAAGAUGAGUCAAAGAGACUAACGAGGAAAAACAGACUGAACGUUUUUUUUGUUUUUUUUUUGUAGUGAGCUCCAGGAAGUGCGAAACCGCUACGUUUGCAAAAAAAAAAAAAAAAAAAAAAAAAAACACACACACACACGGUGAGGAGUAGUGGAUGGAGAGAAAAAAAAAAGUGCCCGGUUAACCUUUGAACCGACUUUCCUUUUUGUCUUCGCGUGAAGUCACAAGACAAACUCCUGUAUCAUUUCACGGAUGACACACUUCACGGUAAGUCGUUUUUUAGGGUGCUAAUUUGGUGUCAGCGGCUAAACAAGCAGUCCGAGGAGAGAGGAGGGAGCUGAGGGAAGGAAGCGGCUGCUUUGUUUUCAUAUUUCACAGAGAAACUACAAGUUCAGGACAAAGUGAGGAGGAAGACACACACAACAUGUCCUCUGUCUAUUUCAGUCCAGGGUCAGAUUCAGGUGUGAAUGGGAAUAUUGCAAAGAUGGAAGAUGCUAAAGUGGAGAUCGACGAUGGAAAAGAUGAGAGUGUGCUUCCAGACACGAUGUAUCACAACAUCCGGAAGAAGAUAACACCUUUUGUUAUGUCCUUUGGGUUUCGCAUAUUUGGAGUGGUGCUGAUCUUUGUUGACAUCGUGCUGGUGAUUGUGGACCUCGCACUGCCGAUCAAGAGCAGAGGGCUCGGAGAUGCCUUAGAGGCCGUGUCCCUCACCAUCUCUUUCUUCUUUCUCCUCGACGUCCUCCUACGGGUCUAUGUGGAAGGGUUCAAAGUUUACUUCAGCGCCAAGCUCAACAUCGUGGACGCCUGUGUUGUCGUAAUCACGCUGGUGGUCACUAUGAUUUACACCUUCACUGACCUAUCAGGAGUCAAUCUCAUCCCCAGGGUGGUGUCGUUCCUUCGUUUCCUGAGAAUAAUAAUCCUGGUGAGGGUUUUUAGACUGGCAGCUCAGAAGAAAGAGCUGGAGAAGGUCACCAGGAGGAUGGUCUCUGAGAAUAAGCGGCGUUAUCAGAAGGAUGGAUUUGACCUUGACCUAACCUAUGUCACAGACCGUGUCAUCGCCAUGUCUUUCCCCUCCUCUGGGAAGCAGUCGUUCUACAGGAAUCCGAUCAAGGAGGUGGCGAGGUUCCUGGACACUAAACAUGAAGGCCACUAUAAAGUUUACAACCUGUGCAGUGAGAAAGGCUACGACCCGCAGUUCUUCCACUAUCGAGUUGAACGGGUGUUCAUUGACGACCACAACGUCCCUUCUUUGGAGGACAUGCUGAAAUACACAGCCAGCGUGAGGGAGUGGAUGUCUGCUGACCCCCAAAACAUCAUUGCUAUUCACUGUAAAGGAGGCAAAGGUCGCACAGGUACUAUGGUGUGCACCUGGUUUAUCGACAGUGACCAGUUUGAGAGUGCACAGGACAGUCUGGAGUAUUUUGGUGAGAGGAGGACAGACAAGAGUCGGAGCUCCAAGUUUCAGGGAGUGGAGACUCCCUCUCAGAGCCGGUACGUGGGGUACUACGAGAUCAUGAAGAGCAAGUUCAACAGACAGCUGCCCCCACCUAAAAGCCUCAGGAUCAAGAGCAUCCGCAUCCACUCCAUAGCAGGUGUGGGUAAAGGUAAUGGCAGCGAUCUCAAGGUGAAGGUAAUUGUGAAGAAAGAGCUGGUGUUCCAGUGUGUGUGUGCCAAACAGGAGAACUGCACAGUAUUCCCCGACGUGGGCAGCAAUGCAGCAGUCAUCAGCCUGCAGAAUGGGCCUGUGGUUGAAGGCGAUGUGAAGGUCAUGUUUGAAUCAAGUGCUGGUCUGCCAAAAGGAUACGAAGAUGUUCCCUUCUACUUCUGGUUCAACACCUCCUUCGUUGAGGAUAACAAGCUGUUUCUACCUAGGGAGGAGCUGGACAACCCACACAAACCCAAGACCUGGGACCUGUACAAGGAGGAUUUUGGUGUCACUAUGCACUUCUCAGAACCAGAAUAAAAGUCCUUUUAAAAAGACAACAAUGAUGAAAUGGCUUGUUACAGUGGGACUGUUAAUGAUGGAUUGGUAGAUUGAACACUAACUCAAUGAAUGAGUGGCAUAAAAUGACAUGUUCAAAUGUUGUGGCAUGCAGUGGGCUCCUCCACUGAGUCAUACUGUGUAGCUCUGACAAGUCACUGACGUGGCACUUAAACUGAAAUUUCUAAUGAGGCGUAUGUGGAGAGCUAGUCAUGUCUUGUAGUGAAUCAGUUGAUCUCUGUAUGUACGCUGACUCUUUCGGUUGUCCUUAAAUAAAAUGUCAAAGAAUCAGAGGAAACAUUUGCGCCUGAUGUCUUGCUGCCAUUAUAUGCACGAGUGGUUUUGACCAUAUGGUGAGAAAAUGAGGCGGAAAUGUAAACCACACAGCAGUUUACCAGAACACGAUGACACAACACCAUAGAUACAUGCAAAUGUAUUCAAUAAGCUGUGUUACACCGCUCCACCUUGUUCUGUCUGACUUGAUUAUGAAAUCAUGAAUUAUUAUAAAAGCACUGAGCUGUAAACUGUAAAUAUGCUAUACAUCUUAAUCUGAUAUGAAUGUUGACAAUUAGGAGACGAGGCUGAUUAAAUGUACCUUAAGAAAUUUCAUAAAUAUAUUACCACAAAAACAAAUGUACUUUUAGGUUUGCAUUUAAUAUUUUUUCCCCUCACAACAAACAUCAAGUAUCAGAUCAUCUUUCAUUCAUAAUUUAUGCACUUAUUUACAAUUAUUGCUCAUUUUACAAGUUGCAUUAUUUGUCAUGCUAAAGUUACACUGCAGUUCACAAAGGGCAACAUCUGAGAACAUCCCCCUGCCUGUAACACAUCGAUUCCAGUUAAACCUGAUCAAAUCUAAACAUUAAACAAAUAAUUAAAGUGCAGACACAAGUAAACCUCAUUAGGAAAUACUGUUAGUCAUUAAAGAGACCUCUUCAGGAGGCAGAUGGUGCUU